CUUGGCUCAUCGGUGGGAAGGAAAAAACUCUUUCAGUUAUUUGAUAUUUGGGAAACCUCCAGGAGUUUCCCAGUUUUGAGGACGCCUCCGUCUCUCCCUUGGCUGGGAACACGCUCACGCACACACACACACACGCACACACACACACACACACACACACACACACACUCACCCACGCUCUACACCAUGGUGGUUCAGGCUGCAGUGGCUCCGAAUAGAUCCCAGAGACUUUUACUGAGAAUUCCUUAUGGAUCUCUGAGAAGACGCAGCGUGGAGAGGAUGACGGAAGGCCGUCGAUGUCAAGUACAUCUUCUUGAUGACCGGAAGCUGGAACUCCUAGUACAGCCCAAGCUUUUGGCCAAGGAGCUGCUUGACCUCGUGGCAUCUCACUUCAAUCUGAAGGAGAAGGAAUACUUUGGAAUCGCCUUCACAGAUGAGACGGGACACUUAAACUGGCUUCAACUAGAUCGAAGAGUCUUGGAACACGACUUCCCCAAAAAGUCGGGACCAGUGGUUUUAUACUUUUGUGUCAGGUUCUAUAUAGAGAGCAUCUCAUACCUAAAGGACAAUGCCACCAUAGAGCUCUUCUUCCUGAACGCCAAGUCCUGUAUCUACAAGGAGCUGAUUGAUGUUGACAGUGAAGUGGUGUUUGAAUUAGCCUCGUAUAUUUUACAGGAGGCAAAGGGAGACUUUUCUAGCAAUGAAGUGGUGAGGACGGACUUGAAGAAACUGCCAGCACUUCCCACGCAGGCUCUGAAGGAGCACCCCUCCCUGGCUUACUGCGAGGACCGGGUCAUCGAGCACUACAAGAAACUGAACGGCCAGACCAGAGGCCAAGCCAUCGUCAACUACAUGAGCAUCGUGGAGUCUCUCCCAACCUACGGGGUUCACUAUUACGCAGUGAAGGACAAGCAGGGGAUACCGUGGUGGCUGGGACUGAGCUACAAAGGCAUCUUCCAGUAUGACUACCACGAUAAAGUCAAGCCCAGGAAGAUAUUCCAAUGGAGGCAGUUGGAAAACCUGUAUUUCAGAGAGAAGAAGUUUUCUGUGGAGGUUCAUGACCCACGCAGGGCUUCAGUGACAAGGAGGACGUUUGGACACAGUGGCAUCGCAGUGCACACGUGGUACGCGUGUCCAGCACUGAUCAAGUCCAUCUGGGCUAUGGCCAUUAGCCAACACCAGUUCUAUCUGGACAGAAAGCAGAGUAAGUCGAAGAUCCAUGCCGCCCGCAGCCUGAGCGAAAUCGCCAUCGACCUGACGGAGACGGGGACGCUGAAGACGUCCAAGCUGGCCAACAUGGGCAGCAAGGGCAAGAUCAUCAGCGGCAGCAGCGGCAGCCUGCUGUCCUCAGGUUCUCAGGAAUCAGAUAGCUCGCAGUCGGCCAAGAAGGACAUGCUGGCAGCCCUGAAAUCCAGGCAGGAGGCUCUGGAGGAAACGCUUCGCCAGCGGCUGGAAGAACUGAAGAGACUCUGCCUCCGAGAAGCGGAGCUGACGGGAAAACUGCCCGUGGAGUAUCCCCUGGAUCCAGGAGAGGAACCACCCAUUGUUCGAAGAAGAAUCGGGACAGCCUUCAAACUGGACGAGCAGAAAAUCCUGCCCAAAGGAGAGGAGGCCGAGCUGGAACGCCUGGAGCGGGAGUUUGCCAUUCAGUCCCAGAUUACGGAGGCUGCCCGCCGCCUGGCCAGUGACCCUAACGUCAGCAAAAAACUGAAGAAGCAGAGGAAGACCUCGUACCUGAAUGCACUGAAGAAGCUGCAGGAGAUUGAACGCGCCAUCAACGAGAACCGCGUCAAGUCUGGGAAGAAACCCACCCAGCGGGCCUCGCUGAUCAUUGAAGAUGGAAAUAUUGCCAGUGAAGACAGUUCCCUGUCAGAUGCCCUUGUUCUAGAAGAUGAAGACUCUCAGGUCACCAGCACACUGUCCCCCUUACAGUCCCCUCAUAAAGGGCUCCCUCCUCGGCCACCGUCGCACAACCGGCCGCCCCCUCCCCAGUCCCUGGAGGGACUCAGGCAGAUGCACUAUCACCGCAACGACUAUGACAAGUCGCCCAUAAAGCCCAAAAUGUGGAGCGAGUCCUCAUUAGAUGAGCCUUACGAGAAGGUCAAGAAGCGUUCCUCCCACAGUCACUCCAGUAGCCACAAGCGCUUCCCCAGCACGGGGAGCUGCGCUGAAGCGGGAGGGGGAGGCAGCUCCCUGCAGACCAGCCCCAUCCGCAGCCUCCCGCCCUGGAACCCGCAGUGCAGCAUGCCGUCCACACCCGACCUGCGAGUCCGGAGUCCCCACUACGUGCAUUCCACGAGGUCGGUGGACCUCAGCCCCACGCGGCUGCACAGCCUCGCCCUGCACUUUCGGCACCGGAGCUCCAGCUUGGAGUCCCAGGGCAAGCUCCUGGGCUCGGAGAACGACACGGGGAGCCCCGACUUCUACACGCCACGGACUCGCAGCAGCAACGGCUCGGACCCCAUGGACGACUGCUCGUCGUGCACCAGCCACUCGAGCUCGGAGCACUACUACCCGGCGCAGAUGAACGCCAACUACUCCACGCUGGCCGAGGACUCGCCGUCCAAGGCGCGCGCGCGGCAGAGGCAGCGGCAGCGGGCGGCGGGCGCGCUGGGCGCGGCGAACUCGGGCAGCAUGCCCAACCUGGCGGCGCGCGGCGGCGGCGGCCACGGCCACGGCCACGGCCACGGCGUCUACCUGCACAGCCAGAGCCAGCCCAGCUCGCAGUACCGCAUCAAGGAGUACCCGCUGUACGUGGAGGGCGGCGCCACGCCCGUGGUGGUGCGCAGCCUGGAGAGCGACCAGGAGGGCCACUACAGCGUCAAGGCGCAGUUCAAGACCUCCAACUCGUACACGGCCGGCGGCCUGUUCCGGGAGAGCUGGCGCGGCGGCGACGAGGGCGACGCGGGCCGCCUGACGCCGUCGCGCUCGCAGAUCCUGCGGACUCCGUCGCUGGGCCGCGACGGCGGCGCCCACGACAAGGGCGCGGGCCGCGCCGCCGUCUCGGACGAGCUGCGCCAGUGGUACCAGCGCUCGAGCGCCUCGCACAAGGAGCACAGCCGCCUGUCGCACGCCAGCUCCGCCUCCUCGGACGGCGGCUCCCAGUACAGCGCCUCCUCGCAGAGCACCUUCGUGGCGCACAGCAGGGUCACCAGGAUGCCCCAGAUGUGCAAGGCCACGUCAGCUGCCUUACCUCAAAGCCAGAGAAGCUCAACGCCGUCCAGUGAAGUUGGAGCGACGCCCCCCGGCAGCCCUCACCACAUCCUAACCUGGCGGACCGGGAGCUACAAUGAUAGCUGUUUCCUGGAUUCCCCCCUCUAUCCAGAACUAGCUGAUGUCCAGUGGUGCGGGCAAGAAAAAGCCAAGCCCGGGACCCUCGUGUGAGCCAGCCGGCCUCAAUCUGGCGGCCUCGACGCCAUUCUGAGAUCACCUCACUGCCUCUCAUUUGCCUUACCCAGACGCAGUGUCACCCUGCACCAGCUUCGGCCCUCAGCACUUUUCUUCUCCUGUCUCCGCGUCCCCCUCACCCUCCAAAAACCUGACUGAGGAGACAUUCUGGAAGGUUCCGGUCCCACUGUGUGUCCCCUGGCUCCCUUGCCCAGAGAGCCAGGCACCAAUCCUCAAUGGCACCUUGGUGGCUCCCCCGUGCCGUGACAGCCCCCUGGCCAGGAACCAUCAGGGAAGCUGGCUGGCCUGGAUUCCUGUGGACUAGUGGCAUUGGUGGAAACCAGGAAAGGGGACUUAAGUACAGGGUGAUCCAGAAAGACUGUGAAAGCUGGGGCCCACCUGCAGGCCCACCAAGCACUUGGUGAAGAAGAUGCCUCGUGGGAAUAUUCAGCGGACAGCUGAAAUACUUCCUGGGAGGAGAGACUGUUACGGGAGCAGGGAGAACGGAAACAGAAGCUGAACACGUCAGAGAUGCAUCCAAGGAUCACAGUCAGUUAUGCUGCCAAAGAUUUUAAAAAAUUAAAAACUAAAAACACACAAAAAAUUAAGAGGGGCCAAGAGGAAGACGUUCUUUCUGCAAUGAAAUCUCUUUUAAAUCCUCAACUGCAUCCCACACGUGAAAGUCAACCAUCUGUGACGUGUGCCCCUCACCCCUCAACAUUCCACCUCCCUCUCCAUCGAGAGCCUGAAAACUACCCCAAUGUGAUGGUCACGUCGGGGGACCCCCUGGCUGGCAUUGCUGACUUGGAUCUCCGUGAGUCUGGACCCCAGGGAGAACAGACCCACGGCGAGUAGCGGAGUGUCCGCUUAGCCCUAGCUUGCAUGGGGGGUUCAGCCCAAGACACAAAGCUGCUUUCCUUUGGGGAUUUGUAGGAAACGUAAGGUGAUGGUUGCCAAAAGUGGUUCUCUCUCAUUAAAACAACCAGUAAAAGUGUAUCCUGUUUUUUUCUCACAAGGUGUUUCAUUUGAUCUUUUAUGGGAAGCCAAGGGGAAAAGCACAUGGCGAUCCAUUCAAGUGUUUAACUGUGGUAGCCCCUUUCUGUUCAUUAGCACUUGUGUGACAAAGAGUUCAGAUCCGAUGGCACCCGGUUAACAACGUGUCACUUCUUCCAAGAACCCAACUAUGCCCUCAGGUAGGAAGACUGUACUCACAUGUCUACUAGCUGGCAGGCAGAGCAGGGUUGAAAACAUAUAUCAGCUCCCAGAGGGCCCAUAUGCCUACGACAUCAUCAGCUACCUUGAUGUGUCACGAUGGUCUGCAGGUACCAAAAAAGGAAGAGAGAAGAAAGGUGUGUGGGAGCUGCACGUUUACAUGUGUUCUGAGCUAUGCUUAACACACAACUGGAAAGCCAUCAAUCUUCAAAGGCCUCAAAAAUACUUUUAUAAUACUAACAAGUGCACACUCGUAGUUGGGUUAUUUCAAAUGGCACAAACACGGUCUCCACAGAGGUGGGAUGCUGUGCUUACUGGC